GUCACACACAGCUCUCCCCACCUGCGCUUGCGCAGGGGAGGAACACGCAGUCCGGAAAAACGCCGGGGAUUCUGGGUUGCGCAGCCGUGGAGCCACCUCAAGGCGGAACUGGGGCGUCCAGGGCUUCGGCAGCCUGAACACCCGGUGUGAAAGGAAGGUGGCAGCCGUGGAGCGAUGCGCAUGCGCAGGAGCUCACUCUGCUGAAGGGCUGAGAGGCGCACCGGGGCUGCCAGCUGGGGUCGGAGCGGAGCGGGGUCAGGAUGGACGAGGACGUGCUGACGACCCUGAAGAUCCUCAUCAUCGGCGAGAGUGGGGUGGGCAAGUCCAGCCUGCUCUUGAGGUUCACAGAUGAUACAUUUGAUCCAGAACUUGCAGCAACAAUAGGUGUUGACUUUAAGGUGAAAACAAUUUCAGUGGAUGGAAAUAAGGCUAAACUUGCAAUAUGGGAUACUGCUGGUCAAGAGAGGUUUAGAACAUUAACUCCCAGCUAUUAUAGAGGUGCACAGGGUGUUAUAUUAGUUUAUGAUGUCACAAGAAGAGACACAUUUGUUAAACUGGAUAAUUGGUUAAAUGAAUUGGAAACAUACUGUACAAGAAAUGACAUAGUAAACAUGCUAGUUGGAAAUAAAAUCGAUAAGGAAAAUCGUGAAGUCGAUAGAAAUGAAGGCCUGAAAUUUGCACGAAAGCAUUCCAUGUUAUUUAUAGAGGCAAGUGCAAAAACCUGUGAUGGUGUACAAUGUGCCUUUGAAGAACUUGUUGAAAAGAUCAUUCAGACCCCUGGACUGUGGGAAAGUGAGAACCAGAAUAAAGGAGUCAAACUGUCACACAGGGAAGAAGGCCAAGGAGGAGGAGCCUGUGGUGGUUAUUGUUCUGUGUUAUAAACUCUGGGAAAUCUUGCAUAUUUGAUCAGAUAGUGACAUCUUUCUGUAUAUAAACUCUUUAACUGCUAUUUUAGGGACCUUGCAGUUUGCACAUAAUUGUUUUAUAUCAUAGCAGUAAAUAUUUGCAAGAAAUCCCACUCAUUGACCCCGGGUAAAAUGUUAUGGUAAGCAUGCACAGUUUGCGGUCUACAGUUUUUUUAUGUAGCACAAAAUAGGUGUACCUUUAUAAGUACAUUCAAUUUUAUGAUUUACAUUUAUCAUGUAAUUUUUAAAAUAAUCCACCUAUCUAGUAUAUGUAGAUACAAAGUCUGCUUUUGCUAUUCUUUUUGCUUAAAUACUCCUAUCAUUUUCUGAAUUACUUGGUAUGUAGAACUCCUAGACCCACGGAGAAGAAUAGAGGUAUCAUCAAACGUGGCAAAUUUUCUUUCAGGAAUAAUAAAGAGCAUGAUUCCACAGCUUUUCUAGGAUGUUUGAGAUUCUUUUUUAGUAUGAAGCAAAAUUCUCAUUACAGAAUGUAGCCCAGGCCAAUUUAUAACUAAAUCUCUAUUUGUUCUGAUGAUGCUUCUAAAACAGCAUUGAUAGGUUAAAGAAGCUUGGUACUUUUAAUUUACUUCAAUGAUUAGCUCAGUUGCUUAACUGGAGUUUUAAUCCUGUGAUAUGUACAUUGGAUUCAUGACUCUGUGCAGUAUUUUUAGUUAUGUGGUGUUUGGCAGAAUGACAAUAAGGUUUUCCCCCAUUUUGGUUUCAGGAGGACAUGAAUAGUGUGUUUAUUGUGACUCCUCGUACUAACCACUUUUAAAACCAACAUCUUUUUUCAUAAAUGUUGGUAGUAUUUGUCCAGGUACCUCAAUUGUAGCUUGUGUAAUGUUGAUGAAUAUCUGUAUCUUAUGGCUUCCAUAAUGGCUAGUUGACAUUGAAAAACCUAUUUCUGUGUUUUGAGGAGUGGGGAAGAAAAACACUGAGUGAAAAUUUGAGAAAGGCAUAUUACUUUCAGAUUCUGAUGUGUGAGGGAAAAUACUGUCACAAUGAAAAUCUUGACAAUUUACUUAACAAGUAACCAAUAGUUCAUCAAAACCAACUUGUACAGACUAAUACAUCUUUUUCAUAGUAUUCAGUUUUCUCACCUCUUGCUAUUGUAUAUUGUAGAUUUUUUUCACUCAUGUGUUAUUUAAUUUACACUGAUCUCUGCUAUUUUAACCCCCCAAAUAAGUUAUUUGUCCUUUAAGGUUGGUUACUAUAAUACCCCUUAGUAAGAUUCCAGUAUUAAUUUCUGGGCAGUUUGUUCUCUGUAUACAAUUGCAAAUGAUAAGCAUUUUUGUGAGUGACCACCUUUGCAAUAUGUUUGUUAAUUUACUUCAUGUUGGGUUCUUUCUGAAAUGUACAUCUUUACAUAUAAAAACCUCACAUUCUAUUUGAUUUACACUUCCUAGUCUACAUUACAUGUGGUUGAAGGUUUUAUACAUUCUAGAUGCUUUUACUAAAUAUACAAGAUUUACUACUAGAAAUUUGGAGAAAGAACACUAACACAGGUACUUGUGAUUUGUUCAUGUUAUAUUAAAACUUGAGAUUUGUGUAUUUAUGUAGAGUCUGUAUUGACAAGACUGUUGUUUUUUGCUCCUUGAGCUAUAUAAUCAUCUGUGUAUUGGAUUGUUGUCUUGAUUUGGUCUAAAUUUGAAUAUAUACAAGUUACUUGAAUAUAACAAAAAUGAAUUUUGUUUGAUAGAUUUAUAUUGUAACAUUUUUCUAGUUCUUGAAUAAAUAUAGCCUACCUUCCCUAGAUGCAUUUGUGCAGGAAGUAUAUACAUUUCCCUAUUACUCUCAUCAGCUGAGGAAUAUGUACUAUGGUGUUACUGAUAUUAUGUGGCUUUCAUUUUAUUAUUUUGUUGCACGCUUAGUGUUUUGUAGUGGAGGUUUUGUAAGUGACAACAGUUGUAAUAUCUAAAGUCAGGCAUCUAGUAGCAGGGUUUUGUUAAUUCUUUUCAGAAUCAUUGAAGCAGUCUUAAAGGGUCUUUUGCAGAUGGUACAAAUUAGAACAAUUAGAAUGUAGUAUUUUGAGUUCUGGGAGUACUGAGAUUGACCCAAACAAAUAAAGAACUAUUCAAUUUCUG